AACACCAAAAACUACAUUCCAUAUUGACAGAUCUCAAGACAUCAGAAAAUUUGCAAGGUAAGUCGUUUCGUCAGUGUUUGGUGCUAAAAGGAUUUUCUUCUUUUGGAUCAGUUUAACCUCUUUUAAUUAUUUUUCAUUCACUCUCACCGGGCACUUACAGUCCAGUUUGAAACAGGUCAUUCAAUUUAGUGAGUUAUCGAUUUUCUUUGGACAAAAACGUUAAAAAGCGUUUCCUUAAUGAGGUCUACGCUCUAUAAACGAUUAAUAAUACCAGAAAAAAUGAUCAUUAAGACCGCAAUUGUUUUAAGUUAAAAGUUACUGACUUUUACCACAGAGACUUUACUUACUAACUUAAUCCCCCCUGAUUUGUGCUCUGUGUUAAUAUCGGAUCGAAUUUUUCCAAGACGUAUUUUUGUGAGGUUCAUUUUUCGACUAGGUACCUGGACAGGUGGGGAAAUCAACUUGCUUGGAUGCAAUGUACCACCAAUCGUCUUUUUGUAACAAAGGAAGGUAUACAAGAAGAUGUUCGGUUUCACGUAUCCGUAUAUUCGUUCACACCAAAUCUUGUACAAAUAUCAGUUUGAAUUUAGGAAGGGAUAUUCCACUGAACAAGCUACUCUUAAAAUUACUGACAAUCUGAAGCUAGCCACUGAUAAAGGUCAAAUAACAUGUGGUAUAUUUCUCGAUCUAUCAAAGGCAUUUGACAGAGUAAAUCAUAAAAUACUGCUCUCUAAACCAUAUCUAUAUGGAAUUCGUGGUACACCACAUAAUUGGUUUGAAAGUUAUUUGCACAAUCGAAGACAAUAUGUUAAAAUUGACUCUGCUGAAUCUAGCUAUGAAAAUAUUACAUGCGGUAUACCCCAAGGCUCGACUCUAGGUCCUCUUUCAUUUUUACUCUAUGUGAACGACUUACCAAACUGAGUCGACAAACUUUCGGUGCGGAGCUUUGCUGAUGAAAUCAAUUUAUUUUACUCUAGCGACAACUUAAAACAGCUUGAAUCCGUAAUGAAUCGAGAGCUUAAACAGAUUUAUAACUACUGUGCUCUAUAUAAGUUAUCUAUUAACACUGCAAAGACCAACUAUAUGUUAGUGUCAUCAUCUAGAUGCUACCCAAAGAUAAACAUCACUGGUAUUGAACAGAAAGAUUACAUAAAGUACUUGGGAGUUUAUAUAGAUAAACAUCUCAAUUGGCAACCGCAGAUACAACAUGUAAAUAAUAAAUUAGCUAAAAAUUUAGGAAUCCUUUUAAAACUAAGAUAUUACAUAGAUCUGAAUAUACUCAAACAAAUUUAUUAUGCUUUAAUAUAUCCCAAUUUGAGUCACGGGAUUCUUGCUUGGGAAUGUGCCAUCAAAACCAGAUUAGAUUGUCUUCGUAUUAGAGCGGUUUUCACUUGACUGUCGAAAGUAAUUGAGGAAUUGGUUUGGUUUUGGUUUUACUACGCCCUUUGGUUGGCUAGUGUAUUUACUUUGGUUUUGGUUUUACGACAGUCAAGUGAAAACCGCUCUAAGCAUAACAAAUGUCUCCGCACCAUCUUCUUUGUACAUCCUAGAGAGAGUGCUGCUCCCCAUUUCAAACUCCUAACAAUCCUUAAAUUAUAUAACAUAUAUAAAUUAAAAAUUAAAAAUAUACUGCCUUACACAUAGAAUGAGAAAUGAAACUGAUAGCAUUCCAGAUAUUUCCUUGAUGUCCUGACUCCAGCAUCGCGUAUACACAAUCAUAAGAUUUGUCAGUAACUUGAAUUAUUUUAGGCCAAGAGUAUCCGCCAACUUAGGUAAAGACGUCCUUUAAAUUCUCCGCUCCAAAGAUCUGGGAGACUUUACCGCCUGGUCUCAAGUGUCUGCCAUAUCAUAAGUUUAAGAAAGAAUGGAAGUCCUAUCUUCUUACCAACCAAAUAUGACCUUGCUUAUAUGCUCUAUCACUGAUAUUACCUGAGAUUUUACUUCCUCUCUUUACUGCUGCCGAUUAUCUAAACAUGACGGUGUCCAACAAGAAAGCUCUUGCUACUUUGGACUCUGUACACAAAUGAACUUAAUAUCUUUUAGUUAAUUGUUAUUUAUCGGCUACUUUAUUUUCCUAUCUGCGUACACUUGAGUAAAUAUCUUAUAUAGUGUGAUAUAAAUAAUGGAGUCUAAUGGAAUUGAAUUAGGACAGUUUGCAGUCUGGAAAGACUUCCCCGGGUUAUUUACUUUAUUGACUUUAUUUAUUAUAUCUAUUUAUUUUUAGGGCCAUGAAGUUUCCGUUGGUCUUAUGCCUUUUGCUCUUUUGCAGUACUGGUCAAGCAAUUGGUUAGGGCCAAAAGUCAUGAAUAAUUGUAAUUUUUGUUCACCUAACUUUAAGAUUUAUCUUUGGGUAAACAGAUCAGAUAACACAGAAUCCGAUCGUAAAAGCCUCGCAAAGAAAUGAAAUGAUGAAAGAAAGAUGGAAGAAGCGUGAAUGAGAGGCAUACCAUGAUCCUAAUCACUAAAUGGAAAAAAUAAAUUGACUUAACGCGAGGUUUGAAGAUUUACCAGGAAAUGCAAUUUCCGAAAAAAAAAAUCUGAAGAAUUGGCAGAUUAGGGAGGAUUUUUUUAGCUAAUGUAUUUUAGAAGAAUUAUAUACAUUGCAUGGCAUAACAAAUAAGAGGAAAUUACCUUGCAUUGUAUGUUGUUGCAAUUAACAUAAAACUGUGUCAGAUGAACCUUGAACUGAAAAGUAUAAACUGGGGAAUAGGCCAUUCGCACGAUGGCGUCAUUUUACUACGACUAGUAUCCGUUUCGUUUUUCUUUUCAUAUUUACAUUUGGUAAUCCCAGCGAGGUUUAAAUAAAAAAGCCCCAAAUUGCACUAGAGAGCAAUAUCUGAAGGAUUCUGGUCGUAGUAGUAAAAUGACGUCAUCGUGCAAAUAGCUUAUUAUAUCCAGGAAAUAUUAAGUUACUUUUUUGGUGCUCUUUUUUUUUUUACUUCUAACCACAGUGUAUCACGUAAGAGUAAGAACCUCUCCAUAUGCUUACGCUGGCACGGAUGCAAAUGUAAAGAUCAAAAUACAUGGUAACAACGGCGUCACAGAUCAAAUAGAACUGGAUGACCCAAACAGAGAUGACUUCGAGAAGAACAGGUACCUGACUUCCUCUAUUCAGUCUCCAGGGACUUAUGGAGCGUUUUUACUCACGGGGCUAACAGCCAUAUUUAAAACAUAUUGGUACAAAAGAAAGCGUAAAAAAAUUUUUUUUAAAUUGUAAUUUGUAAUUUGUUUACCCACGUAGCAUUUAGGAGUUCUCGAGAACUCGUUGAAUUGUGUCCGUACGUUCCAGAUCGAAUUGGAAUUUGGAAGUGUUGGUUUUUUUGGGUGAGAACGAACAACAAACUCAACCCACAUAUGAUGUCGACGCCGGUAUCUGAACCCGGGCCACAUUGGUGGGAGGCGAGUGCUCUCACCACUACGCCAACCUUGCGCUCGUUUACAUGCCACAGGACCGGUUUGGGGCACCAAUAUGGCUACCGUUUUAUUGUUCGGGACACCAAGAUGGCGGAAGUGACGUCAUGUGAAAUUCAGAGUUUCCGUACAGGAGUUAUAUUUAAAAGGAAAGGGCUAAUUGUGAGGCUGAGGGCUUCGGAAGUCUUUUUUUCUUGUUUCCCACAAGCAAUUAAAACGUGUUCCAUGAUCUUAAAUUUCAUCAAAUAUAAGAAGUUUCCGCUACCUAUUCACCAGACUAUAAUUAUAAAAAAGUAAAUCUUGAAACAAAAGGAGCAAACACAAAGAAAUAAACAAUCGCAAAAAAGCGUGGAGACGAUAUUGGAAAAUGUCACUCAAAACUAGCUUUAUCCUCUAUUUUCGAAUCAUUAUAAUACACUUUUUUGCACCCCCUCCCCCCAAAAGUUGCAUAAUCUAUUCCUUUUAAAUGCUCCGUAUUACCAAGAGCAUCAGUUUGACAAUAAUAACUUAUGCAAAAUGUGGGGAUAUUGGAAAAAGAACUUAUAUUUCAACUUUUUACUUUUUAUUCUAGUGAGGACGAUUUCACUGUCGAGGGUACAGACGUAGGACGCGUGAGAGGUGUAGAAAUUUACCGAGAUACCUCUGGCUCGGGAGAUGGUUGGCAUCUUGAGUCAGUGAGUUACUAAGCAAAAUGUAUCAAAUGGGGAGAGUUUGCUUACAUUCAUUUUCUUACAGUUAUCGUUAAAGACCUUUUUCGCAAUAAUACCUGACAACCGAAGGCCCAGGAGCGAGGACAUUAUCCGAUGAAAUGCACCUUUUGUUUUAGAGCCAGCAGGUCAUUUUUGCUGCUACUGAAGUGGCUACUGAAGUCGUAAUAAUGACCUCCUGUUCCACCUAGGUUAUAUGUUCUUCUGUUAAUUGAAAACAACGGCAAGGUACAUCAGAUGGAUUUUAAAGACUAUUAUGGUAUGCCUAGAGGAAAAAAACGUAUGUCUUUCCAUAGAACGGUCUCCCUCGCUCUACUUAUACCGAUUAAUCAAGGACUGUUUAAAAACGAGCAGACCCCAGUUGUUCGAAAAGUGGAUAGCGCUAUCCACUGGAUAGCGCAAUUGGUUAUCGUAAACAAUUAUUGGAUUCGGUUUUCGCAUGAUAUCAUGAAUUAUCAAAACCUCGUGUCUGUGUUAUCUGCCGAAGCCGAAGGCUGAGGCAGAUAAUACAGACACGAGGUUUUGAUAAUUCAUGAUAUCAUACGAAAACCGAAUUCAAUAAUUGUUUUAUUAUACAUUUUUGAAACAAUAGGCAAAAGAAGACAUUCAGCCAUUCUGUUUCUGAGAAGAACACUCCAAGGGGCUUGGUAACCAGGCAGACGUUGAACUUGACAUGAUAAAUGCAAUAUCUGCAGCAGAUAUUGCAUUUAUCAUGUCAAGUUCACAAGCUAAUGUGAAUUGAUUGAAUGCUCUCGACCAAUCAGAUUUUUCAUAGUGAGUCUGAUGUAUAAUAAUAAUACUUAUCCUCUGGAUAGUGAUUUAUCCGGUGGAUAGCGCUGUCCAACUUUUGAACAACCGGGGCCAGGGGUGUAUUAUCAGGUUUAAAAUUCUAGGCGAAGCCAAGAGUUUUUACACCUGAUAACACACGACUGCGAGUUUUUGAACGGCCUCAAAAUCUGUUGUAGAUCAACUCAUUUUUGCACAAAUAUUUUGAUUUGCGGAUAUUUUGGUCUUUAACGAAUUGGACGUAAAGUUAAGCCGUGUCUUCACCAGAUAUAAAGACACUCACCAGAUAUAAAGACACUCAUUAAAUAUUAAUUUCUCUUGUUUUUUCUUUAUGAAUUAUUAAUAUGUUUUUGAAAUAAACUACUUAAGUUACUCAGUACGAUGUCUGUUUUAUCACAGAUUGGCAUUAAAAAAGGAGAUCAACCGGGAUAUAGGCAGUUUAUGUACGGCUACUGGGUAGACGCGGACAGGUGGCUUCCAAUUCCUCGUAAGUGUCAAACUCGGAAAGAUGUGAGCAAGUUAGGCUAAGAAACCACUAAAACAACUUUAUAACUAAGUAUUGCCACAAUAACAUUCUAGAAAUAUGUCAACAUGGUCUCCACAAUUUUUUGAGAGUUUUAAAGCUAGUUGUUAUGUCUGCAGAACAUGUUUUAAUGUAAACGUUUGUGUUGAAUGCUGUCUGAAUGAAUACUUUUUUAAAAAACUGGACUGGUUGUCUGUAUGCAUGUAUCCGUUUCGUUAAAUACGCUUCGAUAUAUGCUUUUUUAUUGUAUACAUUACUUUUCUGUGUUUAUCAUGGUAAACGCAAAUUUUUGCUCUGCACAAUGUUGAAGUAUAAUUUUCUGUUGUAAACAUUUAAACCUACUUGUUGUACUACAAAGAUGUAUACGUUUUUGUUCGAUAUAUCUUCGUUUGUGUACUUUGCAUACAUUUUUGUUGUCAACGUUUUUGUUACAAACGUUUAUAAUAAUGUAUAAAUUAGGUUUAUGUUGUAUACAUUUUUGCUGUAUGUAGUUUUUUAAUAUAUAUAUAUAUAUAUAUAUAUAUAUAUUUUUUGAUACAGUUUGUUGUAUACUUUUUGUUGUAAACCAUUUUCUACUUUUUUGGUCAACAUUUUCGUCGUCAGUAAGAGGUUUUUGUUGGAUAAUUGUUUCUUGUAUAGGUGUUUGUUACACACGUUUUGUUGGAUAAAGUUUUGUCUAAUUUUAUGCGAUAUGCAUUGUUGUCGUAAAUUUGUUUUGUUGCAUAGUUCAUUUUGUAUGCUUUUUUUUUCGUUUACGUGUUUGUUGAAUAAAUUUUUGCUAAGUACGUUUUUAUUAUAUACAUUUUUGUCGUAUACAUUUUAGUGAUGUAUCCUUUGUUGAUGUAAAAAUUUCCUACAUGUAUACUUUUUUCUUGUAAACGUUUUUUGCAUACAUUUUUGCUGGAAAACGUGUUUCGUUGCACACUUUUCUAUUGUAAUACACUUUUGUUGUAUACUUUUUGUUGUAUUCAUUUUGGUUGAAGAAUAAAUCCUUAUUGUUUUUCAGAAAACUUACAUCAGCUGUAAAAGCAAUUUUGGACUUCAUCUCUAUGGUGAUUUAUCAUCAAUAUAGGUAUAUGCUUACAGUGUGUACGACAUAACUGCAAGACUAUUUUCAGAAGAUGAACCGAAAUCUUAACAAGAAGCCUGCUAUGAGAGCUAAUAACACUUUAUUUAGAAUCAGAUUGCAUACGUCAUUUCCAAUACUUUGUGGAGCCAUUAGCUGUGGAUGUAUUGAGCAGACUUGUCCACUUCAAAGCCACGGAUAAUUGUAUUGACAGCUACAAAUUGCUGCUGAAAUCUCCACAGUGUAAGUCAGCCUUUUGGUGACCUACAUGUAGUUAAGAAAACGCUUUCAAAGGGGUAAAUUACAUUCACAUUUGCUACGGAAUUAGAUAGGCAAGACUCCCUCUUAAAAUAUAAUACAGUGAACAAUAAAGUUUGUCGCCAAAAUGUAACACUGUCC